GAGAGAGAGAGAGAGAAGCGUUCUCGGAAAAAAGAAAGGAAGUCAGAAAGUUUUCACAAUCUGUCUCUGAGUCUGUUCCCUCUCUGAUCAGGUCUGAGAUCAGAAUCUGAUCCUGAACCCACAGAGACCAGCAGCAAACUAAGGAUGGCAGUGUGGGACAAAAACUCUUUCUGGAGCUUCUUGUUGCUUGUGGCAGGUGCUGUGGGUCAAAGUGUGAAAUAUUCACUUCCUGUUUGUGCUGUGAGAGGCUCGACUGUCACCCUCCCCUGCACCUUCACACCAGUUAAGGAGAUCAUCAGAGUCGUCUGGUGCCAGAAUCAUCUGAUUUGUCAUGGAUCCACUCCGUCUGUGUACGACAGUGAUUCAAAGACCAACAAACCCCCCGACCCUCGCUACAGAUACCUGGGAGACAAGACAGGAAACUGCACUUUACAGAUCAGUAAUGUACAGGAGAGAGACAAGGCAACGUUUCGCUUCAGAAUGGAGGCUAAAGAUGCAGCAGGACAUUGGACUGGACGAAGUGGAGUGAAUGUCACAGUUGUUGACGGUUCUCCGAUGAGAAUAACGAGCUCCAGUGAGAGAGAGGCGAGAGAGGGUCAGAACGUCACACUGCUCUGCACCUCAACCUGCACCUUCCACCAGCUGCAGGUCACCUGGUUCAGAGGUGACCACCUCCUCCCAGGGUCUGGCCCCGCCCUCAGGUUCAGCCCUCUGACCGCAGAGGAUUCUGGGAACUACACCUGUGGUUUGAAGGCCAACUGGGGGACACGCUCGGUGGCGUACGUGCUGCAGGUGGAGGCUGCAGACGGAGGGGGGGGUGUGACCCUGCUGAUAGUUGGUGUGCUGUUUGGUGUCCUGCUGGCUGUGUGUGUGCUCAUCCUGGCCGUCUGCAUCAUCAAAAGGAAGCGAGCAGCAGCAGCAGAGAGAACUAUGGGAGGUCAGGUGGGACAAAAGCUUCCUGAUAGCAUCUACAGCGACAUCCUGCCGCCUGCUGAGCAAGGGGGAGGAGGUCAACGCCAGGAAACCAGUCGAGCUGUGGAGGAGCUCAGCUACGCCUCCGUCCAGUUCAAACACAAGAAAAAGGCCAGGCCGGUGGAGGAUGCAGAGGACGCCAUCAUUUACAGCUCAGUGGCCACCAGAGGCUGAAGUUACGUCUCCCUCCCUCAGGAGCAGCAGGUGUUGGGACACCUCAGAUGUUUGUUGAUAAUGUUCACCUCUGUCCACCUGGCAGGUGUGUGCUUUUGUUCAGCUCGGCCAGAUCAACCUCCUCAGGCGCCCCGGGACAAAGACGGGCCCCUGUUGACACCAAGGUGACCCUCAGAGGACCUGACGUUAAUAUGAAGCUUCAACGGGAUUUUAUAAUAUAAAUCUGUAUGUGUGAGACUGUUAAAGCUUCAUAUUAACUUACACUUUUAUGAAACAGUUAAUGUCCGGUAUGAACCAUCAAAACAAAUACACCUGUUCAUGUGUUCAUAUGGUCACCUGACUGAGACCCUGUCCUUUGAAUACGACAGUAACUAUGACGCUCAGUGGGUGUUUCCAUGGAGACGAAACUCUGCUCCACACUCCUAAGCUAAGUUUAGUCUCAGUGCUGGUUGUGAAUGUAUCAGCUUGCUUUAAUAUUUUAUUAUUCAUUCAUAUUUCUCAACUGUUUAUUGUAAUUUAUUGUAUAAGAGCUUUAUCUUGCAGUUUUGUAAAUAAAAGCAUGUAAAUAAAGAUUUAUUUGAUUUA